CGGAGACCGUCCUGGUUGCGGUCGUCGGGGAGGCGGCGGCAGCGGUGGCGCGGCCUCUGCCUGCCCCGGAUCCUGCUUUUCCCAAGAGAAGAGGAUGGCUGCUGGGAGUUAGUGACCUUCGAGGAUGUGGCCGUGGCCUUCUCCCGGGAGGAGUGGGCCUUGCUGGACCCUGCUCAGAAGAGGCUGUACAGAGAGGUGAUGCUGGAGACCUACAGGAACCUGGCCACACUGGGUAAGACCAGCGCCGUGCACGCACCUGCCCAUUGGUUCACACGCACGUAGCCUCCGCGGUGUGUCCAGAGCCGUGUUAGGAAGUGGGGGGUUGUUGGUGAAUAAGGCAGCUGUGUGGCCCCUGCCCUUGUGGGGUGCGUGGUCCACUGGUUUCUUCAACACUGCCAGUGACCCGAUUUCUCCCAGAGCUGCUGCCGAGCCGCACAUCUCACCUGAGGCUUAGAUAAUGUCCCCGAGUCCCCUCGGGUACAGAGUCGUCAUGAAACAUGUUUUUGUAUGUGUGGCAAAACAUGUGUAACAUAAAAUCUGCCUUUUAAACCAUUUUUGGGUAUACAAUUCAGUGGCAGUAAUUACAUUCAAAAUGUGCAGUCACCCCCACCAUCUGUUUCUAGAACUUUCCAUCUCCCCAGACUGAGACCCUGCCCCCACAAAGCACUGACUCCCCACCCCCUGCCCCACCCCUGGCUCCCACCAUCCAUUCUCUGCCUCUGUGGACGGGACUCCUCUAGGGACCCCCUGUGAGUGGGGUCACGCGAGACGUGUCCUUCUGUGUCUGGCUUCUGUCACUGCGCACAGUGGCCUCUGGGUCUGUUCACGUGGUGGCAGGUGGCAGGACGUCCUUCCUGUUUAUUUUUUAUUUAUUUAUUUAAUUUUAAAAGAAUGUUUAUUUGAGGGGGGGAAGGGCAGAGAGAGAGAGAGGGGAACAGAGGAUCUGAAGUGAGCUCUGUGCUGACAGCAGACAGCAGUUUGUUUGUUUAAAUGUUUAUUUUUGAGACAAUGCGAGAGACAGAGCAUGAGCGGCGGAGGGGCAGACAGAGGGAGACCCAGAAUCUGAAGCAGGCCCCAGGCUCCGAGCUGUCAGCACGGAGCCCGACGUGGGGCUCGAACCCACGAACCGUGAGAUCAUGACCUGAGCUGAAGUUGGACGCCUAACCGACUGAGCCUCCCAGGCGCCCCUGCCCUUGAAACCUUGAAGACCCGAAGUGCUGGUGCAGGCAUUGAGUUUGGUGCACUGUCCGCAGCCCAAGCCUCUCAGGCCGCCGGUCCUUCCCCGUGGGUGGGGGGUUCGCUCUUUCUACCAGUGGUGCCUUUCCAGCUGGAGCAAGGAGCAGCUGUGUGGAUGGGGGGGGAAGGAACUCCCCAGACCUCCUGUUCAGAUUUGGCUGCUAUACUGAAAAGCCAAGAGUCAUCUUGUAAGAAGGUGGUUUGGGGGGAAGAACCACCCAGUGGUAUAGUAAAGCUUCCCAAAGGAGACUGGGGCUGUGGUCAACUUGAGGAGAAUCGCGAAGUCCUGCACAGGCUUUUGAGGCAGCUGGCGUACCCCCAGGCGGAGGUGUUUGCUCCAAGGGAGACCACUGCCUGGCAUGAGUUUGGGGAAGCCUGUAGUAUGAGCUCAGACCUUGCUUUGUCUCAAGGAGGUUCUGUAGAAGAACAUUCCCACGACUGUGGUCUAGAUAUUGAGAGUUUGGUAGCUAAUCCAUUCUUAAGCCAUCAUCAGAUGGCAUAUACAGAUCAGAGACCCUGUGAAGGGAGCGAAUGUGGAAAAGACGUCAGCCACAAUAUUGCCUUCAGUCAACACAACAGAGCCGCCGAAAGCGGGGAAUCAUUUCCUCACGGUAUGGCUCUCACAACACACAACACAGUGAAUACAGCGGGGAAACCCUUUGAAUGUCACCACUGCGGGAAAGUGUUUAACCGGAGGCAUUCCCUGAGCGAACAUCAGAGAAUCCAUACAGGAGAGAGACCAUAUGAAUGUCAGGAAUGUGGGCGAGCCUUUACACACAGCUCAACCCUCACACGACACUUGAGAACUCAUACUGGAGAGAAACCCUAUGCGUGCGGCGAGUGUGGGAAAGCCUUCAACAGGAUUUCGUCUCUCACCCAACACCAGAGGAUUCACACAGGGGAAAAGCCCUACAAAUGCAAAGACUGCGGAAAGUCCUUCUGCCAGAGUUCUUACCUGGUCUUGCACAAGAGAACGCAUACGGGCGAGAAGCCCUAUGAAUGUAACGAGUGUGGAAAGGCCUUCAGUGAUCGUUCCUCGCUUAACCAACACGAGCGGACUCACACCGGUGAGAACCCCUAUGAAUGUAAUCAGUGUGGAAGAGCCUUCAGUCAGAGGUCUUCCCUCGUUAGGCACGAGAGGACUCACACCGGAGAGAAACCGUACGGCUGUAGCGAAUGUGGGAAAGCGUUCAGCCAGAGCUCGUCCCUUAUCACACAUCAGAAAACUCACACCAGUCAGAAAACCUAUAAAAUAAUUGAUUGUGGGAAAGCUUUCUAUCAGAGCAGCAACCUCAUUGGGUUUUAGAGACCACUUGCUGCCUGUAAGGUACCUUUUAGCUCUCUGCUACAGAAGUAUGGUUAGAUUUUGCCCUUCUGAUGGGACUGUUUGAAAAGAAGUAGGCUUCUGCACGUUCUUUUUAAAAAAAAUUUUUUUUAACGUUUAUUUUUGAGACAGAGAGAGAGUGUGAACGGGGGAGGGGCAGAGAGAGAGGGAGACACAGAAUCUGAAACAGGCUCCAGGCUCUGAGCGGUCAGCAUGAGCCCGACGUGGGGCUCGAACUCACGGACCGCGAGAUCGUGACCUGAGCCGAAGUCGGACGCUUAACCGACUGAGCCACCCAGGUGUCCCAUGCACGUUCUUGAAGAAAAGCUCCGAGGUCUAGAUCUGAGAAGGGACCUUUUAGUGGGGGAAAUUGCCAUUGAGCUAUGCCGAGUGGGGCGUGUCCUUUUGGAAAAGAUUGAUAAAUGUGAACAGCAAUGUGGAAAGGGAUUUUGCUGAGAAUCGUCUAACUAAUUUAGUUGUUGAAACAGAAUACCUUUUGUUUCAAAAUUCAGUAUUAAAAAAUGUUUAUUAUGGGAAGAGAUGCUAGCAAGAGAGGGGCAGAGAAAGACAGGGAGAGAGAGAGUGAGAGAGAGAGAGAGAGGGAGAGAAUGAGAAUCCCAAGCAGGCUCCGUGCUGUCAGUGCAGAGCCUGACAUGGGACUCGAUUCCACAAACCCUGAGAUCAUGACCUGAGCUGAAAUCAAGAGUCAGAUAUUCAACCAACAAAGCCACCCAGGUGUCCCAUCAAAAUUCAGUAUUUUUUAAUGUUUAUUUUUGAAAGAGAGAGAGACAGAGCAUGAGUGGGGGGAGGGGCAGAGAGAGAGGGAGACACAGAAUCAGAAACAGGUUCCAGGCUCCAGGCCCUGAGCUGUCAGCACAGAGCCCGACGCAGGGCUCGAGCCCACCAACCACGAGAUCACGACCUGAGCCGAAUUUGGACGCUUAACCAACUGAGCCACCCAGGUGCCCCUAUAUUCAGUACUUUUGUUUCAAUAGUCUGUUUCAGUAUUUUACUUAGUCAUCCUGCCCCUGUCGGUCCCUUAGCUAGGUGCUAACUUGUUUCGUGCCCGGCUGUGUCAACACAGAACAUGUGCUAACACAGAAAGAGCUUUGGGCGCACAGUGAAAAAUAAAGCGUGCAAAAUGGUA